AAAGCUUUUUUCUCUUAAUUAUAAUUUUCCCAAUAUAGAAUUUUUUUCUUGCUAAUUUAAAAAAAUUCAGUUCUUAAGAGACUCGUUUAGUGUGCAGAUCAUUUUGUGUGUGUGUACUGUAGAGAUUUAGUUCAAAAUUAAAACUAAAUUUUAAAAAAAUAAUUAACCAAACGUGGAAUUUUGAAGAAAGGGCAGCUUAUUAAUAAUUAACAAAAAUGUUUGUGCAACAAGCUAGACGUGUAUUUUUAAACAAUUGUCUUUACAACAAAAACACCACCUUUAAGCUAAUCGCUUGCUAUUCCACCAGUGGUAAACCAGCUAAAGGUAAAAUCUAUGAAAGUGCCGCUGAUGCUGUACACGAUUUACACGAUGGUGCCAAAAUCUUGUUUGGUGGUUUUGGCCUUUGCGGCAUACCAGAAAAAAUGAUUGAAGCCAUUAAACAAAAGGGUGCCAAAAACUUAACAGCUGUUUCAAAUAAUGGAGGUAUUGAUGACGCCGGUUUGGGUGUUCUCUUGAAGUCUCGCCAAUUGGGUAAGAUGAUUGUUUCGUAUGUAGGUGAAAAUGCUGAAUUGGUCAAUCAAUAUUUAUCCGGUGAAUUGGCUGUUGAGUUGACACCUCAAGGCACCUUAGCCGAAAAAAUUAGAGCUGCUGGCGCUGGUGUACCCGCUUUCUUUACACCUACCGGUUAUGGUACCCUCAUUCAAGCUGGUGGAGCACCCAUUAAAUACGGCAAAGAUGGUAAAGUUGAAAUUGCCAGCAAACCAAAACCAGUACAAGAAUUCAAUGGCAGAAACUAUGUCAUGGAAGAGGCUAUGUUUGCUGAUUUCGCUAUUGUCAAGGCUCAAAAGGCUGAUCCCUAUGGCAAUUUGGUUUUCAAUAAGGCUGCCCGUAACUUCAAUGCCGCUAUGUGCCGUGCUGCUAAAGUCACCAUUGUUGAGGUCGAAGAAAUUGUACCCGUAGGUGCUAUUGAUCCCGAUGAAAUCCAUAUUCCUGGCAUCUAUGUUAAGCGUAUCUUCAAGGGUACCAACUAUGAGAAACGUAUCGAAAAAGUACGCAUUACCGAGACUGACGCUACCAAGAAAUCGGCUCCCACACCAGCUCAGGCAGUACGUGAACGUAUCGCUAAACGUGUUGCCAUGGAAUUCCGUGAUGGUAUGUAUGCCAAUUUGGGUAUUGGUAUGCCCGUACUCGCCUCCAACUACAUACCUAAGGGCAUGAAUGUUAUGUUGCAAUCGGAAAAUGGUAUUUUGGGUUUGGGUCCCUUCCCCACUAAGGAUCAAGUUGAUCCUGAUUUGAUUAAUGCUGGCAAGGAAACUGUUACCGUUGUACCUGGUGCUUCUUUCUUCGGUUCCGAUGACAGUUUUGCCAUGAUCCGUGGUGGUCAUAUGGAUUUGACUGUUUUGGGUGCUAUGCAAGUGUCGGCUACUGGUGAUUUGGCCAAUUGGAUGAUUCCCGGUAAACUUGUUAAGGGUAUGGGUGGUGCUAUGGAUUUGGUAGCUGCUCCUGGCACUAAGGUAGUUGUUACCAUGGAACACAAUGCCCGUGAUGGUUCUCCCAAAAUUUUGGACUCCUGCUCUUUGCCUUUGACCGGCAAAAAUGUUGUUGACUUAAUUAUUACCGAAAAGGCUGUUUUCCAAGUUGAAAAGGGUGCUGGCCUCACCCUCCUUGAAAUCGCUGAGGGUCUUACCGUUGAUGAUAUUACCGCCUGCACUGGAGCUAAAUUCAUUGUUUCUCCCAAUGUCAAGAAAAUGUCACAAAUUGAUGCAUAAUUUGUUGGGUACAUUUGUUUUCUUAGCCAGAUAAUGGACUGGUUCUAUUCGCUGUCAACCUCCUCACCUUUGUUAAUUUUAAGCUAAAUACAAAAUCAAAUAUAAUUUCUUUUUAAAUCUAUAUUAAGACGUCGUACUAAGAUGUGAAUUGCAUUAAUAUUUCUUAAUCUACAAUGUAAAGUUAAAUUUAAGCGUGAUAAAAGAUUGCAUUUAUUUUAAUAUUAAUUAAUUGACUAAAAAAUAAAGUAAUCUGAAAUUAAA